AUGGCGUCCUCCGCGGCACCGGUCGUGAUCCCGCCGACGUGGCGACACGUCGCUCGCGCGCCUCGCGCGCCCGCGCGCGGAACACCCCCGAGCGAACGCGAACGCGAACGCCCGCCUCGGCGUGGCCCGAUCUCGCUCGACGACGACCCGUCGUCCUUCCGCGCGUCCUCGCGCUCGCGCCUGAUGGCCUCGGACGCGCGGCGGUUCACCGGCGACGGCGUCUUCGACCGCGUCGCGCGCGCGGUCUGCGUCGCGAACUGCCUCCCGCGAAAGGAGCUCUUCGAGACGUGGGAGGCGGCGGUCAUCAUCGGCGAACACUUUUGCGCUGAGAACGACCCCGACGCCGUCGCGGCGUCCGACGCGUCCUCCGACGCGUCCUCCGCGGCCGCGCCGCUGCGCGUCCUCGACCUCGCCGCCGGGCACGGCCUCCUCGCGCAGCUCCUCCUCGUCCUCCACCCAGACGCGAUACACUCCGCGCUGUGCGUCGACCGAAGGAAGCCGGACAGUUUCGACCGGUUACGCGACGCGCUCGUCGGCGCCUUCCCGGAGACGCCGUCGCUCAGAGGCAAGACGCGCUUCGUGACGGACACCCUCGCGAACGUGCGACCGACCCCGGACACGCUGCUCGUGUCCGUGCACGCGUGCGGGUCGCUGACGGACUACGUCCUGGACCUGGCGAUCGAAGGUCGGUCGCCCGUCGCGGUCGUGCCGUGCUGUCACCGCGUCGGCGCGAAGGCGCUGAGAGACGCGGGCGCGGACGCGUGGGAUUGGGUGGCGGAGGAGGGCGUGGACGCCGCGACCGCGAUCGACGUGAUGCGAUUGGAUCGGUUGCGGAGCAGCGAGGCGUACGGCGGGGAGGUGGAGGCGCGGACGCUGUCGAGGGACGUGACCGCGAUGAACCGGAUGAUAUUAGGGAAGCCGCGGCGAGGGGACGGCGGCGGCGAAGGCGAAGGCGGCGGCGACAGAGGGUGGGAGGACGCGGCGAAGUCGCUGCCGGACAGUCCGUGGUCGUUGUACGCGGAGCCUCCGAGGUGAGGGCGGUUCGUUGUUCGUUCGUAGAGGAUCGCUAGCUACUUAGGGUGUUGUGACGGCGGUGCUAGGUCAUCGUCGUC